AUGUGUACCAGUCCUCAUGUGUACCAGUCGAUGUGUGCACCAGUACCCCAUGUUUACCGGUCCCCAUGUGUACCAGUCCCCAUGUGUACCAGUCCUCAUGCAUGCCAGUCCUCAUGUGUACCAGUCCUCAUGUGUACCAGUCCUCAUGUGUACCAGUCCCCAUGUGUACCAGUCUCAUGUGUACCAGUCCCCAUGUGUACCAGUCACUGUGUACCAGUCCUCAUGUACCAGUCCCCAUGUGUACCAGUCCUCACAUGCCAGUCCUCAUGGACCAGUCCCUCAUGGUACCAGUCCUCAUGUGCCAGUCGAUGUGUGCACCAGUACUCUGUUUACCGGUCCCCAUUAUUCCAGUCUCAUGUGCCAGUCGACGUGAGCACCAGUACCCAUGUUUACCGGUCCAUGUGUGCAGUCCCAUUUGUACCAGUCCCCCAUGUGUACCAGUCCUCAUAUUGUACCAGUCUUCAUGUGUACCAGUCCUCAUGUGUACCAGUCCGCAUGUGUACCAGUCUCAUGUGCCACCAGUCCCCACGUGUACCAGUCCUCCUGUGUACCAGUCCUCAUGUAUCCAGUCUUCAUGAGUACCAGUCCUCAUAUGUCCAGUCUUCAUGUGCAGUCCCCAUUGUAUCAGUCCCCAUGUGCACCAGUCCUCAUGUGUACCAGUCCUCAUGUGUACCAGUCCUCAUGUACCAGUCCCCAUGUGUACCAAUCCUCAUGUGUACCAGUCCCCAGAUGUACCAAUCUCCAUAUGUCCAGUCCUCAUGUGUACCAGUCGACGUGUGCACCAGACUCAUGUUUACCGGUCCCCAUGUGUACCAGUCCUCAUGUGUACCAGACCUCAUGUGUACCAGUCGACUUGUGCACCAGUACUCAUGUUUACCGGUCCCCAUGUGUACCAGUCCUCAUGUGUACCGGUCGAUGUCUCCAGUACUCAUGUUUACCGGUCACCAUGUGUACCAGACCUCAUGUGUACCAGUCCUCAUGUGUACCAGUCCUCAUGUGUACCAGUCCCCAUUUGUACCAAUCCUCAUGUGUACCAGUCCCCAUGUGUACCAAUCCUCAUGUGUACCAGUCCCCAUGUGUACCAGUCCUCAUGUGUACCAGUCCUCAUGUUACCAGUCGACGUGUCACCAGUACUCAUGUUUACCGGUCCCCCAUGUGUACCAGUCCUCAUGUGUACCGAUCGAUGUGUGCACCAGUACUCAUGUUUACCGAUCGCCCAUGUGUACCAGUCCUCAUGUGUACCAGUCGACGUGA